AUGGCUGCCAAGAUCAAGCUGCUAUUGGAAAUUCCUGAGAAGAUCUGGAGCUCCAUGGAAGCCUCUCAGUGUCUCCAGGCCACACAGCUCUACCUGCUCUGCUGCCACCUCCACAGCCUGCUCCAGCUGGAUGCAUCCAGUUCACAGUCAGCAAUUCUGCGUGAAAGCAAGAUGCUGCUCAAAUGCCAUGCUGUGUCUGACCAAGCUGUGGCAGGGGCCCUCUGCUCUAUAAUGCUCCUAGAAGAGAGUUCCCCUCGCCAAGCCCUCACAGAUUUCUUGAUGGCCAGAAAAGCAGCUAUUCAGACACUUCUCAACCAGCUGAAUCACGUUCUCACAGGUUCUGGCAUCAAGGCCCAGUUUUGCUCAUUAGUGGAAUUGCUGGCCACCACGUUAAACCAAGCACAUGCCCUUUUCUACACUUUACCAGAAGGGCUGCUGCCAGAUCCAUGCCUGCCAUGUGGGCUGCUCUUCUCUACUCUGGAGACCAUCACAGGCCAGCAUCCCACCGGCAAAGGGAUUAGUGUCCUGCAAGGGGAGAUGAAGCUGGGCAGCUGGCUCAGACACCUGCCGUCAUCUGUCGUCGAGCUCCAGCCAGUGCUCUGAACCCUGGCACAUCCCAUCAGCCAGGAAUACCUGAGAGACACGCUGCAGAAGUGGAUCGCCAUGUGUACUGAAGAUAUUAAGAACGGGAUCACUAACCUGCUUCUGUAUGUGAAGAGCAUGAAAGGUCUCGCUGGGAUUUGGGAUGCCAUGUGGCUUACAAGUGAGCCCGCCAGACACAGCUGGGAGGUGGUGUGCUGGCGGCUUCUGGAGAAGCCACUGCUGUUCUGGGAGGACAUGAUGCAGCAGCUGUUCCUGGACCGCCUAUAGACUCUGACAAAGGAAGGCUUUGAGUCCAUCAGUAGCUCCAAAGAGCUGCUGGUCUCAGCUCUGCAGGAACUUGAGAACAGCACCGGCAGUUCUACACCAAACAAGCACAUUCUCUUUGAGCAAAACAUGUCUCUCUUCCUCUGGCAUGAGAGUCCCACUGACCUGCCUUCUGAUGCCUCCUGGGUCAGUGUGGCAAACCGACCCCAGUUAGCCAAUAGUGGCCUCUCCAUGAAAGCCCAGGCUAUUAGUCCUCAUGUCCAGAAUUUCUGUACUGCCUUGCAUUCCAAGCUAAAGGUUAAACUGGAUGACCUCCUGACUUACCUUCCCUCUGAUGACUCGGCCCUGCCCAAGGAUACUGCCCCCCAUCUGCAGGCCAAAAACUCUGCCUUUGACCGAUACGCAGAUGCUGGGACUGUGCAAGCCAUGCUGCGGACUCACUCUGUGGGGUGUGUCAAAUACAUCCUGGGUUGCAUCCAGGCGGAGCUGCAGAGCAUCGAAGUUGUUGUACAAGCCCAGGAGGAUGUCCUCCUCAGCACCAAGCUGCACGGUCCUCUUCAUGGCCAACUCUGCCAGUCCCUGGGAGAACUGUGCCCCCACCUGAAGCUGUGCAUUGUGGGAAGGUCUAGAAGUGCUGAGAAGCCAGAAAGGGAGACAAGGGCUCCGAAAAAGCAGGCAAAGGGGAAAGCUCAGGAUCUCACUCCCGGGCAGGCCCAGUGGCAGGAGGUGAAAGAAUUACUUCUCCAGCACAGUGUGAUGGGCCACCAGGUCUGGAGCUCAGCAGUUGUGACAGUUCUGGUUCAUAGGUUUACCCAGUCAUUACUUUUAGAUGACGCUGGCUCCAUCCUAGCCACAGCCACAAACUAACUGGAAAUCCAGGAGGAGACUGAGUCUGGCAGCAGCAUCACAUCCAAGAUCCGACUCCCUUCACAGCCAUCCUGGUAUGUACAGUCCUUCCUGUUUAGCUUAUGCCAGGAAAUGAAUCGGGUUGGAGGCCACACCCUGCCAAAAGUGACACUCCAGGAGAUGCUGAAAAACUGCAUGGUUCAAGUAAUCACUGCCUAUGAGAAACUUUCAGAAGGAAAGCAAAAGAAGGAAGGUGCAUUUCCACUGACACAGAAUUGGGUGCUGCAGCCCCUCUAUGACCUGUGCUACCUCCGCAGUGUCCUCAGUAGCAAGCAAGAGAUGAAGAGUGGUCACGGCACGCUGGACUGCAGAACUGAGAAAGUGACUGAGCACUUGGAAGCUCUCAUCGACCCCUUUGACCUGGAUGUGUUCACACCGUACCUCAACAGCAACCUCCAUCUCCUGGUGCAGCGCACUUCCGUCCUGUUUGGAUUGGUUACUGGUACAGAGAACCAGGUCACCCCUCGGAGCAGUUCACUGAACUCCCAGGAAGCCCACAACAUACUGCCAUUGGCCUCGAGUCAGAUCAGGUUUGGCCUGCUUCCACUGAGCAUGACGAGCACACGGAAGGCUAAGUCAAGCACCACAGGCGUCGAAACAGAAGCCCAGGUUAGUGCCCAGAAAGUUCUUCCCUGCUGAUCCCAUUCCACCCAACCCGGUCAAUUCCCCGUGAAAUAACUGUGAGAAAGAAGCGAGGGACAGAAUGCACAGAUGCUGUCUUAAUAGCGGCGCAAUAGAGAAAUACAAGGUUUUACUAGUUUGAGCCAAUAGAAUAUUUAACAAAUGCCUGUUGCCACUGCCAAAGGGACUUAUAAUAGAAACAUAUCCCAGGUGCAAGGCUGUAGAAAAUGUGCAAACAGGAUGAAGAUGGUUUCUUCAGUAGAGUAAUAGGAGUAACUGCUCACCCAACGUAUUUAUGAUAGUAAUUUGUAGAAAAUCCUUUUGUCCUGGUGGCUUCAUUUUCCAUAGCUCUAGUUGGGUGGCAAGUAAAUGAGUUUGCUUUCUCCAUAUCUCCAUUUUCCUCUUACUACACAUUUCGUUUCAGUAGGAUGCCAUCCAUUAAGCCUGAAGAGUCAUCCUGGGUAUUUCUGAAUUCUGCUGUGUACAUGGGUGUUUGGGAGCUCAGCUUGUCUUGUGGAGUUCAGUUGUUGUUUCUUUUCUUGUUGUACAAAAUAUUUGCGACAUGUCCUUUUGUACUGCCUGUCAUCAAACGUAUUAAGGUCACAAAUUCUUCUCAAACAUCUGGCUUUAAA